UGAAGGGGUGGGGCUCCGCCUGCAGGGGGCCAGCAUGGAAUUCUCCCUGGCAGAGCUCAGAGUGACACUGACGGGCAAUCGGCCGCGGCCAGAGCGGCAGGCAGCAUCCGGGGGGAACGGGGCCGGCCGGGGGGGCCCCAGGCGGGCUUCCUGGAGCCCCAGCUCCGCGGCCGCCUGCACCCUGACACAGGCCGGAUAAGAGCCAGGCUGCUUUAUCGGAGCCCGGCUGGCGGCCGCGCGCCGUCCCCACGGCGCCACGAGGAAGAUCGCGGGCAGGGGGUCCUCCGAGGCCAUCUUCCGAGCGGCCAGUCCCUACAGGCUGGUCUCUCGAGCCCCGCAGCCGAUGGGAGCCGACGCUCGCUUCAGCGAUAGAGAAAGCCGGGUUCCUUCCAGGAGGACGGCGUGACACGGCCCUGAAUGUCGAGACCUGCUCGAUGGCCCCUGACCUGCCGUUCAGCUUCAGGAGUUCCGGGCUUCACCCUUUGUCCAGGACCUUCAGAGAGAUUGUGAUAACAGCAGUUCUGAAGCUGAGAAGGGGUCGUCGUGAGGACAGCGUGUUCCUGUAGCAAAACCCUCCUCACCUCCUUGCCCCUCCUCCAAGUGCUACAGAGGAGCUUGUCAUUAGGGACAUUCAGAGACACAGCUUUGAAUCCUAACUGUCUCAAAGGGCUUCUACCUGCUUUGGCGUGGUGUGUUUGCGUUCUCUGGAUCAUAAAUCUACUAUGAGAAAACUUGAGGCUCAGAGUUUGUGACUUAUCCAAGUCACAUAGUUAGAAGGAGGCAAAGGCUGGACUUGAACAAGAUUUUUGACACCAAGACUUGUACUCAUCCUCCUCCAUGUGAAUGUGUGGCUCUGUAUCUCACAGAAAGUCCGUCCACAGGAACUCAGUGAGGUCUCGAAUGCCUGUGAAAUCCUGCAAGAUGUAUGGCACGCUGCGGAAGGGGUCUGUCUGCUCGGAUCCCAAGCCACAGCAAGUGAAGAAGAUCUUUGAAGCACUGAAGAGAGGCCUCAAGGAGUAUCUGUGCGUCCAGCAGGCCGAGCUGGAUUACCUGUCAGGACGCCACAAGGACACCCACAGGAAUUCCAGGCUGGCUUUCUAUUAUGACCUGGACAAGCAAACACGCUCUGUGGAAAGGCACAUUCGGAAGAUGGAGUUUCACAUCAGCAAGGUGGACGAGCUCUACGAAGGCUACUGCAUCCAGUGCCGCCUGCGAGACGGCGCCUCCAACAUGCAGCGGGCCUUCUCCCGGUGCCCGCCGAGCCGCGCCUCCCGAGAGAGCCUGCAAGAGCUGGGCCGCAGCCUGCAGGAGUGCACCGAGGACAUGUGGCUCAUCGAGGGGGCCCUGGAGGUUCACUUGGGCGAGUUCCACGUCAGGAUGAAAGGCUUGGUGGGCUACGCACGCCUCUGUCCGGGAGACCAGUAUGAGGUGCUCCUGCGCCUGGGCCGCCAGCGCUGGAAGCUGAGGGGCCGGAUCGAGUCUGACGACAGCCAGACCUGGGACGAGGAGGAGAAGGUCUUCAUCCCCACCCUGCACGAGAACUUGGAGAUCAAGGUGACAGAGCUUCGGGGCCUGAGCUCGCUGGCGGUGGGCACAGUGACCUGCGACAUCACCGACUUCUUCACAACCCGGCCGCAGGUCAUCGUGGUGGACAUCACAGAGCUGGGCACCAUCAAGCUGCAGCUGGAGGUGCUGUGGAACCCAUUUGAUACCGAGAGCUUCCUGGUGUCGCCCAGCCCCACGGGCAAGUUCUCCGUGGGCAGCAGGAAGGGCUUCUUGUACAACUGGACACCCCCGAGCACCCCCAGCUUCCGGGAGAGAUACUACCUGUCUGUCCUGCAGCAGCCGGCACAGCAAGCCUUGCUGCUGGACAGGCCGAGGGCCACCUCCAUUCUCAGCUGCCUGUCCGACGGUGACCUUCAGGGGCCUGGCCUGCGGAGCCGGAGUCAGGAGCUGCCUGAGAUGGACUCCUUUAGCUCCGAGGACCCCCGAGACACUGAGACCAGCACAACAGCAUCCGCCUCGGACGUGGGCUUCCUGCCCUUGGCCAUUGGCCCCAACACCUCCAUUGAAGAGGGGGCCCAGGAGGACCCCCCACCCCUGGGCCUCCUGCCAGAGGUGUUCCACCUGGCGGAAGGCUCAUUUGUGGAGCAGCCUGGGUGGAGAAAUUUGGGAGUAGAAAGCCUCGACCUGCCACGGGGCUCCCCCUUCUGCAACCACGUGAUCCCCGGAGGCCAGGAAGGCCACGAUGAAGCAGAAACCGAGGAUGGAGUGGAUGGGCCCGGGGUGCCCCUCGAGAGGCCCCUGCAGGAUGUCCUGGAUUUACUGAGGUCCACGGACCCUGCCCCGCCCCAGCUCCGGGAGCUGGAGUACCAGGUCCUCAGCUUCAGGGACCGGCUGAAGCCCCGCGGAGCCCGCCGGGAGCACGCGUCCGCCGAGAGCCUGAUGGAGUACAUCCUGGAGAGCUUCUCCUUCCUCAGCGCCCACAUCACCCCGCACGAGCUGGCCGUGUUUGGGGGCUCCCAGGGUCCCCGAAAGGACAAGACUCCACCUCCACCGCCAGCACUGAAAGCGUCGUCCAGGGAGCUCACGGCUGGUGCCCCAGAGCUGGACGUGCUGCUCACGAUUCACCUCCGAAUCUGCAAAGCGCUGCUGCAGAAACUGGACUCUCCUAACUUGUCGAAGAUGGUCCAGGAGUGCCUUCUGGAAGAAGCUGCACAGCAAAAACAGAUUCUGGAGACGCUUUCUGUGCUUGAUUUUGAGAAGGUCAGCAAGGCGACAUGCAUUGAAGAGAUCAUCCCACAGGCCACGCGGAGGAAGGGGUGCCUGAAGCUGUGGAGAGGCUGCACGGAGCCCGGCGCGGUCCUGUCCUGCCCUGGUACAGUGCUGCUGGACCAGCUCAAGAAGACGUUCCUGCACAGAGUCAGAGGGAAAUACCCGGGACAACUGGAAAUAGUGUGCCGCAGGCUCCUGGAGCAGGUGGUCAGCUGCGGCGGGCUGCUGCCCAGAGCCGAGCUCCCUGAAGAACAGACCAUCACCUGGUUCCAGUUUCACAGCUACCUGCGGAGGCAGAGUGUCUCCGACCUGGAGAAGCACUUCGCUCAGCUCACCAAGGAAGUAACACUCUUUGAGGAGCUGCAGUGCGUGGGCCAGGCCAAGACAGUCAGGAAGCUGAAGGGGAAGCAGCUGGGCCAGCUCCAGCCCCUGCCCCAGACGUUGAGGGCCUGGGCGCUGCUCCAGCUGGACGGGACCCCACGGGUGUGCAGGGCGGCCAGUGCUCGCUUGGCCAGCGCAGCCAAGAACAAGAGCUUUCGGGAAAAGGCUUUGCUCUUCUACACCAACACCCUGACCGAGAACGAUGCAAAACUCCAGGAAGCUGCGUGCGUGGCGCUAAAACAUCUCAGGGGCAUCGAAAGCAUUGAUCAGAUUGCCCGCCUGUGCCAGUCUGACGUGGAGGCCGUGCGAGCGGCAGCCCGGGAAACCACGCUGUCAUUUGGUGAAAAAGGACGCUUAGCUUUUGAGAAGAUGGACAAACUUUGCUCAGAACAAAGAGACGAAGCCUUUGGCCAGGAGGCAGAUGUUGAAAUCACAAUAUUUUAAAAAGCCUCAGCUAAUGAGCCCAAAUCCGGCACCUUUGUUUUUGCUGCUGCCCGGCCUCGACACAGGGAGGGCUUCGGGUGGAGGUACACGGUGCGCUCUCCUAAGAGCGUGAACUGGCCAGAGCUGCUCCCGGACUCUGGGCCAGUUACGAAGCCCCAGGGCACAAGUGGGACUUCUAUACGGGAGCAGAACAAGGGGCUGCACGGCACUUAGAGGGCUGCACUUCAGUCAAUCAGCCUUUGGCUUUGAGAAUCGGCCUGACCUUCCCCGGGGGCAGAGCCGGGUCAGUGCCAGCCAGCCACGUCACGAAGGGGCCGAGGCCAGGCAGGCGGAGGCCUGGAAUCAGCAGGUCAGCUGGCUCAGCACUUCUGGUUCACUAAAGACUGGGACUGAGGAGGCGAGCAGACCGAGCGUCCCUGCUGAGGACAGAACUCGAGUCGUUCCCACAGCAGCAGGUGUCACUGUGGGGAGGGCAGAGCCAGGGUUUCGACGGUUCGCCCCCUCAGCCCGAGCUGCAGCCCAAGCGCCACAGGGGAGCCGGCUGGCGGCCUGCUGACCGUGGGCCUUAUUUUCACUGUGGUUCAACAGCACAAAGGAAACAAGAACAUGCCGUCAGCCGAGAAGUCUUGAGUGCCAUUUGCUUUGACCUCACUCAUCAGAAUGGAAUCCAUUUUCUGAAGCAAGUCAACUUAGGGCUUAUUAAAUAAAUUGCUUCAGAAGCCAUAAGCUAGUUUGAAGAAAGAUUUUACUGAACAUCAUGUUUAAAGAAGGAAAAUUAAUUUCCUAUUUAAGUCUAUUAAAACACCCAGACGUGUCCUGGGCUGUUUCUGGGUUAAGAAUGUAGAGGUACCCUGGGGUCUGGAUGUGGUAUCAACAAUGGCAUUGGAAAGCUCUGUAACUUAAACAUGCUCAUUUACAUUUCCUGUAUAUAUUCUGUGCUUUUUGGUUUAACUCAGUAUUUAUUUGCCUUGUCCAUAUGUUGUUUUCUGAAAUUACAAUUAAAAUAACUUUUUAUUGGUGUUCCACUCUACCUGAAAAAAGUGGAGGGUAGUGGUUGUUUUCUGGAAUAUCCUGAGGGAAGAAGCCAUCCCUGCUGUCCCUCAGUGCUCUCUUUCCAACGUGACAUAGACGCA